CUUCGCCACCGCGCACCGUACACAUUGCUGCUGGGAGCGCGGACACGGUUCAACUUUGGUCUCGGGACGCUGCGGCUGCUCGCUGGAGUCGUUGUUUUAUACAUUUGGUCAUGUCGGAUACAUGGAGCAACAUUCAGGCGCACAAGAAGCAGCUGGACUCGCUGCGGGAGAGGCUGCAGCGACGGCGGAAAGACCCCGCGCAGCUGAGCGCGCCGGAUGGCGUCAGCACGGACAGUUCCACAGCCAGGAGUGACAGCCCAGCUCCAUCGGCUCCAUCUAGCUCUCAGGAGGGGACAGAAAAACCACCAGACCCUGAACUAGAAAAGAGGCUGCUGGGAUAUCUGUCUGAUCUGAGCCUUCCACUCCCAACAGACUCCCUUGCCAUCACAAGUGAACUCAACAGUGCUAAAGCAGCUGUUAAGCAUGGAUGCAUCCAGAGCCUUCUGCUCAAAUUCUCUGCUCAGGAGCUCAUAGAGGUCCGACAGCCUUCCUCGGUUACUUCAUCCUCUGCAGCCCCGUCUUCUACAGUGGUUGUAGCCGUGGAUCACACAAAGCUAUGGGCUAUGAUGGGAUCUGUGGCAGGUGCCCAAAGGACUGGAGUCAAGAGAAAAGCUGAAGACCAGACCCGCAGCAGAGCUGGCAGCUUCUCACCUUCACUUCAGAGCUCUGCUUCUCCUCCACAUGCCUCGGCCUCCUCCUCCUCCUCCUCCUCUCAGACGCCCAUCUCCUCAAUAACGCUGGCGGUGCCUUCAUCAUCAGGAAGCGGGGUAGAUAAGAAGGGCAGGAGCAGUAAGAGCCAGUCAUCUCACAUGGACAUGGAAAUUGAAAGCCUCCUGAACCAGCAGUCCACGAAGGAGCAGCAGAGCAAGAAGGUGAGCAGAGAGAUUUUGGAGCUGCUUACCGCCAGUACGGCAAAGGAGCAGUCUAUUGUGGAGAAGUUCCGGUCCCGUGGUCGAGCUCAGGUCCAAGAGUUCUGCGAUAGUGGGACCAAAGAGGAGUGUGCUCGUUCCGGAGACACACCUCAGCCGUGCACAAAGCUGCACUUCCGCCGCAUCAUCAACAAGCAUACGGACGAGAGUCUCGGCGACUGUUCCUUCCUCAACACGUGCUUCCACAUGGACACCUGUAAAUACGUCCACUACGAGAUCGACAGUGUUCCAGAGGUCGAGAGCAGCCUGCUGGGACCCCAGGCGGGCGCUGCAGAGCUUGGCCUGCAUGCGGAGGACGCCGAAAGCAACGUGGGCACGCUGUUCCCAUCGCAGUGGAUCUGCUGUGACAUCCGCUUCCUGGACAUGUCCAUCCUGGGGAAGUUUGCGGUGGUGAUGGCCGACCCUCCCUGGGACAUCCACAUGGAGCUGCCUUAUGGUACCCUGACUGACGACGAGAUGAGGAAACUCAGCAUCCCUCAUCUACAGGACGAUGGCUUCCUCUUCCUCUGGGUCACUGGCAGGGCCAUGGAGCUGGGGAGAGAGUGUCUCAGUCUCUGGGGCUACGAGCGAAUCGAUGAAGUCAUUUGGGUAAAAACCAACCAACUUCAGAGAAUCAUCCGCACAGGAAGGACGGGCCACUGGCUGAACCACGGGAAGGAGCACUGCCUGGUCGGAGUAAAAGGUAGGGGUACGCAUGGCUUCAACAGAGGUUUGGACUGCGACGUGAUCGUGGCCGAGGUCCGAUCCACCAGCCACAAACCAGACGAGAUCUACGGCAUGAUAGAGAGGCUUUCCCCCGGCACCAGGAAGAUUGAACUCUUUGGUCGACCUCACAACGUCCAGCCCAACUGGAUAACCCUGGGAAACCAGCUGGACGGCAUCCACCUGCUGGAUCCGGAGGUCGUGGCUCGGUUCAAGAAGCGUUAUCCAGAUGGAGUCAUUUCCAAACCUUGAGAUGAGCCCUGGCGACAUCAGUUGUCACGUCUUAUGUUUGUUUUUGGACAACUUUUAUAUAUGUAAAUAUUUUCUUUUCUUUUUUAAAAUCAUACAUUUUGUCAACAAAAUGUUUGUCUUAGUUAAGAAUGAAUAAAACUUUGAAUAGA